AUGCCCCCGAAGAGGAAAAAUGAAGUUGCAAUUAAGGUCGAAGAUGUUGGGAUGGAGGUUGAUGCUGUGUCAGACAGUGGGAGUGAAGAUGAGGCCAGGAGGAAAGCUAAAAACAGAAGAGCCAAACCCCGACGUGUAGCCAAACAGGUCAGUGACGAUGAGGAGGAUGAAGAGGAUGAGGCACCGAGGAAUAAAGGACGAAAGAAAAAGGCCAAGCCCCGGGACAGUGAUGAAGAUGAGGAGGAAGACAACCGUAGUGUGAAAAGAAAAAGCUCAAAAGCAUCCAGGAAGAAAGUUAAGGAUGAAAGCGAUGAGGAGAGCGAAGACGACCGUGACAAAAAGAAAAAGCGAGGGCCGGCUGCGUCUAAAAAGGAAAAAGAGGAGCAGAAUAAGGAGAAGAAAGGAAAUGUUAAAGGCAAACAAGGGAAGGAGAAAGGUGGUGAGAAGGACAAGAAAAAGAAGAACGGGAAGUUUAGCAGCUCUUCCUCCUCCUCUGAUUCUGAUGAAGAGUCGCUGUCAGAAGGAGAAAUUGAAGCCCUGAAGGAACAGGUAGAGGAGAAGAAGAAACUGAUCGCUACAUUAAGGAACAAACCCUGGCGUAUGAAGAGGAGACUCGUGCUGCUCAAGGAGUCCCAGGAGUUUGUUGAGAAAUUUGAAGGAGCUCUUGGGAAAGGAAAAGGCAAGAAGCUCUAUGCAUACAAAGUCAUGAUGACCAAGAAACUUAUCAAGUUUAAACGAGACUUUGAGAACUUUAAAACAGCCUGUAUACCCUGGGAGAGGAAGAUAAAGGAAGUAGAAAGUCACUUUGGAUCGUCCGUGGCAUCCUACUUUAUUUUUCUGAGGUGGAUGUAUGGUCUGAACCUGGUCCUGUUUGGGCUCAUGUUCGGCCUGGUGGUGCUGCCUGAGGUUCUUAUGGGUCUUCCUUACGGCUCCAUUCCCAGGAAAACUGUGCCUCGAGAGGAGCAGGCCACAGCAAUGGACUUUUCUGUGCUCAAUGACUUUGAAGGAUACUGUAAGUACUCAUUUUUGUUCUAUGGGUACUACAACAAUGAGCGAAGGAUCGGACUCCUGCAAUUCAGACUUCCUCUGUCGUACCUGCUGGUGGGUGUUGGCAUCUUUGGCUACAGUCUGAUGGUGGUCAUAAGAACGAUGGCUCGUAACUCAAACGAAGGAGGGGACGGAGCAGAGGAGGGAGAGUUCACCUUCAGCUGGAAGAUGUUUACCAGCUGGGACUACCUGAUAGGAAACCCUGAGACCGCAGACAAUAAGUACGCCUCCAUUACCACCAGUUUCAAGGAAUCCAUUGUGGAUGAAAAGGAGAACCAGAAAGAUGAGAACAUCCAUCUCCGACGAUUCCUCAGGGUUCUGGCAAACUUUCUGAUCUUGUGCAGCCUCGGAGGCAGCGGAUACCUCAUCUACUUUGUGGUGAAACGUUCUCAGGAGUUUGCUAAUAUGAAGCAAGAAGAUCUCUCUUGGUUUGAGAAGAACGAGGUGGAGUUUGUGAUGUCUCUGCUGGGGCUGGUGUGUCCUCCUCUGUUUGAAACCAUCGCAGAACUGGAAGAUUAUCACCCUCGUAUUGCCCUUAAGUGGCAGCUAGGACGAAUCUUUGCCCUCUUCCUGGGAAACCUUUACACCUUCCUCUUUGCCCUGUUUGAUGAGGUUACUGCUAAGUUGGAGAGCGAGAAGGCCAUCAAGAACGCCACAAUAUGGGCCUUAAAUCAGUACUACGCCAACUACAGCUCCUUCUACAAUACGACAGAUGUGCCUCCUCCAGAUGUGCCCCCAGCUGACGUCAUCAGAGGACCCUGCUGGGAGACUGGAGUGGGAAUAGAAUUUGUGAAGCUGAUUGUGUCGGACAUGCAGGUGAACUAUUUGACCAUCCUGAUUGGUGACUUUGUGCGAGCUGUCCUUGUCCGCUUCCUUAACUACUGCUGGUGCUGGGACCUGGAGGCUGGAUUUCCUUCGUAUGGAGAGUUUGACAUCAGCGGAAAUGUGCUUGGGCUUGUCUUUAAUCAAGGGAUGAUAUGGAUGGGAGCGUUUUAUGCUCCAGGUCUGGUGGGUCUGAAUGUUUUGCGUCUCCUGUGCUCAAUGUACUACCAGUGCUGGGCAGUAAUGUGCUGCAACGUUCCCCAUGAGCGAGUUUUCAAGGCCUCACGGUCCAACAACUUCUAUAUGGGCCUUUUGCUGCUCGUGCUGUUCCUCAGCCUGCUGCCUGUUGUCUACACAAUCAUGACCUUGUCUCCGUCAUUUGACUGUGGGCCAUUCAGUGGCCAGGAGAAGAUGUAUGACGUGGUCAUGGAGACUAUAGAACAGGAUCUACCGGCCUUCAUAGGGAACAUUUUUACAUAUGCCACCAACCCUGGACUCAUCAUGCCAGCUGUCCUUCUCAUGGUGUUGGCCCUCUACUACCUGAAUGCAGUGUCAAAGGGAUACCAACAAGCAAACCUGGAUCUUAAAAGAAAGAUGCAAAUGGCUCGAGAUGAGGAGAAGAACCGCAGGAACAACAAGGACAGCACUAAUCAAGUGAUGAAAGACUUGGAGGACCUGCUGCCAAAUAAGUCCCUAAUACCGCCUCCCACCGAGGAAGAGCUACCUCCACCUGAUGUCGUAACCGAGAAGGGCAGCAAGUCUCCCAAAAUAAAGCCAGGGGCAGCAGGAAAAGGAGUUAAUCUGCAAAAGGAUGUGUCACUGGCUGCACAAAACCCCAAAGCUCCAGUGACACGUGCCCCGGGGCCACGAAGAGGGCCUCCUGGAAAUGUCAGGGGGCCUCAGCCUGGGCCUGGGAGAGGAAGAGGUCGGGGUGGGCCUCCGAGACGACCAGAGUCUUGA